AUGUCUCUACUCACUACUCACUUUGGUUCAAACCACUGUAUCGGAGGUGGCCUGCUCUCCAACAACCCAACUACUCGCUGUCAGCAGCUCUCCAAGAUCAGAGAUUACGCCAAAUAUGGUCGUUCCAGUCCCAAGAAAGCCCGGACAUUGAGAAAGGCAACCUACAAGCAGAAACUCGAGCGUACCGCUUCCCAUGCCAUUGACGCAAACCCCAAACAACUUGGCGGUCCGAGAGCCUUCAGGGUUCUAUUGGCUGGGAAAGACGCCGUUGCCAACCGCAAAAUCCACGAUCCGUCUUCGUUCGAGGAUGAAGGGGAUUUCCUCUACUUUGCAGCUUUCGGCAUACCUAACCGCCCGAUCAAAUUCAACAAUACCUGGAUCCAACCGGAAAAGAUUACGCUUUCUGCGGAGAAGAACAUCUACACAAUUUCCACUGCAGAUGAGAAUGGAAAGCCUGUAUCUCUGUAUCUGAAUUUUACCCUGCUGGAAAAACCCACAGGCUAUCUUGAGGUGUCAGAGGGUGGAUAUGCGCUCCUCCUCCAACCCUAUGCCGUCAGUUUCAAUGUUCAAGCGUCCGCCAAUUGUGGCGCGUAUAAGUCUACGGGCAACCAGACGCUCGCCUGGGAUGAGACGUCCAACCAGUGGAUCUUCGCGACGUGGGAUAGUUCAAUGAUAUUCUCCUAUGACACAGUCAGCAUUUCCGGCCCCUUCGGGCCCAAUCAAGUCAACGAGGUCGCAUAUACCGACAUCCAGGACGAUGAUACCAGCUUUCAGCUGACCUCGGAUCUCUACCCCACCGAGUACAGCUGCAUCAUGGACGGCACCAACCCCGAUGGCAAAGUGUACUGUCUCACUACAGUGACUGAUGCCAGCUACGUGCCGCCACCGCCCGAGGUGCGCGCGAAUAGCGAUAUCAAAUCUGUCUUCCCGCUUCAAUCUCUUUUCAAAUUCGACACGUAUGGCAUGUCGUUCACCGGAGCCUAUAUCGUGCCCAGCAAUCAAGUCUACGGGGUCAUCGGCACAGGCAACCUCCCAACCCCCAAAUCUACCGAGUCCAUCUUCAAGUCCUCGCUGGAACCAAUGCCCCAUGCCUUCCACUUCCCUGACACUCCAGAUGCGACGUCCCUAUCUGUCACGGGAUUGCUCAGUCUUAAUCCCAUGGAGGACGAUCCAAGCAGCCCCACGGGCUAUACCGAUGUGGUCUCGCAGGCGGCUAACAGUGAUUUCAACGACAUCGUCACGUUCUACAUGGACCCCCAGAUCCGCACAACGUUUGUGCAAGCCGCUCCCAUCACACUCAGCGACCCCACCGUCCUUGCUAUUGCCACGGAUAGCCCCGAUAACUCGUCUUUCUACACUCAACUGCAAAUGCCCUACGUCACGGCUAGCUUGUCCCGCUCGACCCUGGACCAAGCGAAGCAGUGCAACGGAUUGAGGGCGGAGGCGCAACUCCAAGGGAUCCCCGCCGAGUCCCCCGUCUACCAGCGCCAUUCCGAUGCUCUUUACCGGCACCGCUUUCUACUAAAUUUUCCCACUUUGCAGCAGUAUCUCGACGAUCAGGCUAACACGGACUACACCGCCGACAUGUUAGCUGCUGCGGUGUAUAUGAAAACACAGAUCGCGCAGGCGGCAAAUGGGAUGGGAGAUAGCGGGGAUCCCACGACAGCGGCACAGAAUCUCAAAAAUGCGCAGGCUGAUAUCGACUCGCUGUGCGCCUGGGCCACUGAUCAAAAGCUCUGGUGGGCGUUUAACCUGUAUUACUGGUGUACUCAGUACUAUCUGCCAAAUCUUUAUGCGCAAAUCACUAACGGUACAUUGUCCGGUACCGUGUGCCGCACGAUGAAGGCACUAUCCGGUACCUUCGGCAUGCUGGAGGGCAGCGCCCAGAACCCUAACGGCAAGUCCUUUCAGGAGGCCUUCAACGAUGUAGUGCGCGUAUACCAGAUGAUUAGCAUCAUCCCGCAGUUUGUCGACGUUAACGGUAACUCGGAGGAGUUCGACAGCAUCUUGAAGGCGAUGCUUGAGCAAUUCCACGAGGACAACUCUAAUAGCCUGGAUCCUAACAUCAUGCAAGAGGCUGAAAAUGCCGAGAUGCUGGCGGCCAAUGACGCCUUGCGUGGGGAAUUCUUCCAGAGUCUUAAAACGGCGAUGGUGAGUAACGGUGCGCUGGGGUCGUGGGCCGGGGUGGUCCAGCAGUGGGGUUAUCUCAACCAGAUGUCCCCUUGGUACCAAAAGCUCGUGGGAGCUGCGGGUGUAGCCGCGACCUUCUUGCGCAGCGUAUGCGGGCUGCUCUUGAUCUCUUCUAUGGUUUUAGGUGGGGGCUGGAAACAGAUGAGCCCUGAACAGAAGGCUGCGUGGAUCGCCAGCGCAGCCGGCGUGGCGCUAACAUUUGCCAUUAAGGCUAUCCAAGGUGCCAUUCGCGUGACGAUUUUCUGGGAGGAUAUUGGCAGCUAUGCGGACUGUUUAAAAGCAUUCUUUGGCUUCGAUAGCACCGAGAGUGAGUUCGCACAAUGGUUCGUGCGGAUGGGACCCGAAACGAUGCAGAUUACGGAAGAUGCUAUUACGGUCCCAAUGAAGAUCUUCGGCCGCUCAGCGGGCGAGUUCCUUACCAAUGCUGUCGGGACCAUCCUCGCCGGGGUUAACGUGGUGCUCAGUAUUAUCGACGCCGUCAAGUCCAAUGAUCCUGUGCAGAAGAGCAUGGACUCAAUGAUGAUCAUUUCCAGUGGCCUCCAGAUCCUGGCCACCGCGGCCGGAUGGUUGGUCAGCGCCGAGAUCGUGACUGGAGAGGCAGCUGUCACCAUCUGCGACAGCGUCGCCGCCUGUGCCGGCCCGGCGGCAAUUAUCUUUGCAGCAAUUGGUCUAGUGAUCAUGAUCGUGAUGAUGUUCUUGCACAAAGACCCGCCCAACCCGGUCCAGGACUUUGUGGAUAAUUUGCCAGCCGGGCUGAAGAUGGAAUACGAUACCGACAUUGACUACUUCAAUAUCGUACCGCCCGACAGCUCGUCCACAUCGCUCAACGGUGUCUCGUUCGAGCAUCUGUCACUCGAUUGGGGCCAUAAUCCAUGCCUGCAGUUAGGCUCCGAGAAUGCGUCCAUACCUGACCAAUUCGCCAUCCAGGCCGCAUCCGCCGUCACGUAUCUGCCAGAUACCUGCUGGUCCAUCUGCACAGACUAUCAGGGAAACACCAGAGUGUUCACAUAUGCCCUCGACGCCAAGCAAAACAAUGUCACAGUGUGCCUUACACAGGCCAGCGAUGGAUCACUGCUGGCCGCGCCCCCGCCAGCCAUGACAACCGUUGACGGUAGCGGCAACACAGUGCCCGUGGAUCCCACGUUGUAUGCAAAAGAGCUAGCAACGCAGCAAUGGAGCUUUACCUGCCAGUCCACCCCCACAACUGUCAACCGAUCGAUCAACGGCAAGGACGUGCCCUAUACGGUUUCGGCCGAGUUUGAGAUCUCGCAAGGCGGCCAAUAUUUAUAUGCCGACGAAUCGUAUCAAACUGGGAACACGACUAUUGGGCUACGGAGCAUCCCAGACACCUGGAUCCUGACCCUGCGUCCGGAGGGCCCUUCUCCCUUCACGUACGUGCAGCCCAACUGGACACUGACAACCCAGAGUACCGACGAGUCCAACUAUGUCCUCUUCUCUGGGCCGACCUCCUUGCCGCUGGAGUGGGCCGUCACACCGGCGUUACCCGCUUUCCUUCAGUUGGGCGAGUCGACCACCGACGGCGGCACUAUCUCACAGGUCUCCGGCAUUUCCCCCACGGUGAUGAGUGCUACGACCUACACGGUGACGGCCAGCAUUACCAUUAUAGAAAAGAUCUACCAGCAGACGAGCACUUUCUCUAUCACCGUCACAGAUCAAAUCACUCCACCCAGUACCCCGGUACCUAAAGCUACACAAGGCCGAAGUAUCACAAUCUCCGACGGCGUCCCUGGCAACGAAUCCACGCAUCCACCUCCAUCGACUGCGAUGGGACCUGUCGCGGGACAGGCCGCUCAGCGGGCACCUGCCAAGGAAAAUUCAGAUGGCAUCGAGACAGCGUAUGAGCGGAUGAUGGCCAAUGCCCCACCGUUCUUCAAAUGGUACCAGACGCCGGCUGUGCCUCUGUCACAACAUUACACGGCGUCAGCUGCCAUUUCAAAAAUGCAGAACUCGUUGACAGGAUGGUGGCGCGGUGGCAACUUUGAGUCACUCUACUUCACCAAUCCCUCCGCCGGCCCGUCAAUCCAACCCGGCGAUCCCUGCGACUAUCACGACGCCGCAAAUGCGUAUGUGGCGCAGGCAAUUAGCAACGGCGAUGGCUAUGCAAAGCCCUAUUGUAACUGGAGCGCAACGCAAGAGACCAUUGACACUUUCAACACCGCCCUGUGGGAUUGUAAUAUUGAUCGCUACAUCGAAUGGCUGCAGUGGAGCGGCAGCGCCUCCGUCACCGGGGGGCUAUGCACCUGCGACCAGUACAUCAGCUCCAUUAAAUCUGCGGACUGGCUGUCCGAGAAAGCGGCGGAGCAGGCUGACGGGCUGUGGCCCGACCAAAGCAUGGAGAUGUUCUUCCAUUUCUUAAAGCUAGCCGCACUAGGUGCGACAGAGGAUCAAAUCAGCGAUAUCUACACCGCCAUAACCGUCCGCACUGCGCCGUCGCAGACAGUCCUCGAUCCAAGUGGCUUCUCCGACAUCACGCCAUCCACCUGGCAGUCCUAUCGAUCCUAUCUGGAAUCUGGUAAUAUCCAAGUGUCGCAAUUAAACGUGUCCAACCUUGGGGAAAGCCGUAUAUGGUACGAGGAUGAAGAUCCCGUCCCGGUCACAAUGACAAGCUAUGCCGACACCGGUUUUCUGCGUGACACCGGCUACUAUCAGGCACCACCAUCAGGAUGCUGUCUCCGCAGCACAAGCCAGGUGUUAAUGGAGGAUGGUAGGACGCUGAAACCGAUAGCAGCCGUCAAGCCGGGUGACUGUGUGUGGAGUGUGACUGCCAAUAGCGCACGACAGGCACCACAAGUAGCCUUCAUCUCGCAGCCGACUCGCAAUCGCAGGAACUUGUACGCAUACUCCUACAUGCCUGACGUUCUUUUCACCGACACACAUCCGCUUUACCUUGGAAUCGAUGAGCACGGAUUUACCUUGAUCGGAUUCGUCGACGUACAGAAAGCCCUUUCCGUCAAUCCCUUAUGGGCAUCCUUCACCAUCGAAUCUGUGUCCCGCGACGAGCUGAUUAUGGUAAGUCCAGACCAGAACGACGAGACGCUAUUCGACCUGGUCUUCGAUCAGAGCACGGAUUGUCUAGCUUCGCCUCCAUGCUCGCUGCCCACCUACACGGUCCGCAGUAACAACGGGCAGGAGCUCCGCGUCUGCAGCGAGGCUCCUGACCCAGCCAUGCUUCUACCGAUGACGGCCUUUGUCCUGGCCGUGGCGAAGGAAUUGGGUGCGUCGAGCGAUACGCUGGGCUUUUUUCCCGAUGGACUUGCCGCUGGAGUUUUGGACUAUUCUGCGAGAAUCCGACGACACCGCUCCGUCUGUGCCAACGCAAUCGUGACUGAGAGUGAUGCAGAACUAAAUAAGGAAUCGCUUGGCAUGUCGACCGCAGUUGCGGUCCUCUCUGACUCGCAGCUCAGCCCCCAAGUCGUGGCCGACUCAAUGGAAGCACUCAUUAUGUCUCUGGGUCUAUCAAUGCAAAUCGCAGCAGACAAUGGCUGGCAGCAGAUCUCACCAGCCCUCAACACGCACACCGCACCGCAUUUAUAUUCAGUUGUGUCAACGCAUUUCCUCCAGUUGACCCAGCCAGCCCUACUCACCCGAUCUGCUCAGCUCCCGCGGGCAUACCAUCAAGUUCUACCCCUAUUGCGAAAAUCUCUAUUAGACCCGUCAGCCACAGUUGAUGUCCAAGUCUGUCAAGCAGACCAUGCCCCUACGCGUCGGAGGGCUCAGAUUCACAGGCUAGGACCGCACUUGUUCCAGCUUCGUGCGGACAUUACAAUGACAGAGCAGGAAGCACAGCCGACAGACCAAUCGUAUACGGUGACGCUCACGAUAGGGUCCGACAUCAUUCUCACGGCGACAGGUAGUCUCACCCCCGACGCGGAUGCGCGCUGGCCUGUUUAUCUUACCCAGCUCAACGGUGCUAGCCAGGAAAUGUUGCAGGAUGUGGGGACUUGGCAUGUUGGUUCGCUGAUGGUUACUUCAGGGACGGUGACGCGAGAGCAUCUCAAUAUCGCGGAGACUUGGGGGUUAGUAGAUGAUCGAGAUGAUGGACAUGCUGUUGGAAGAGAUAUCGUUGCGUCGGUUAUCGGUGGUGUGUGA